GACGUACAUACGCAUAACCGUUGACGAGGAGGGUAGAGGUUCAUUCGUUACUUGGCAUUCCAAGGAGGAGCAUCUUUCGUUGUAUUUAAGAAAAGUUUCAUACAUUUACUAUAAAAUAUGUCUGGUCGUGGUAAAGGUGGAAAGACUAAGGGAAAGGCAAAGACCCGCAGUAGUAGGGCAGGGCUGCAGUUCCCCGUUGGAAGAAUCCAUCGUCUUUUGAGAAAAGGAAAUUAUGCGGAACGAGUUGGAGCUGGAGCACCAGUUUAUUUGGCCGCUGUGAUGGAAUACUUAGCGGCUGAAGUACUCGAGUUAGCCGGAAACGCCGCAAGAGACAACAAGAAGACGAGGAUAAUUCCACGUCAUUUGCAAUUAGCUAUCCGCAAUGACGAAGAAUUAAACAAAUUGCUGUCAGGUGUAACUAUCGCUCAAGGUGGUGUCCUGCCCAACAUUCAGGCAGUACUUUUGCCAAAGAAAACUAGUACUGGUGGAUCUGGAAAAGGUGACAAGGCAUCCCAGGAAUACUAAUAAUCUUUUUAAUUUAAUAAUAUUUUAGACUAUAAAUUUGUUUCUUUAAUCAGAGAUACAUAAAGAAAUGUUUAGAAUAUAUAAACUUACAAUCUGAAUGAUUCCAACAAUACGUAUUGUAAAAUUAUCUUAGUUAAUAGUGCAAUCUACUGUUUCAUUGCUAUAAGUAAUAGUAUGUUGCAUUAUUAGUUAAGGUACAUUUCUAAUAUUGAUCACCUCUAUGUUUUACUAUUUAAGUCUUUAUUUUUAAUAAUAUACUCAUUUUGUUAUGUUUCGCCCAAAUUUUGCAUUAAAUUAACAUUGGUAUUAUGUAAGGACGAAUGCAAAUUACAAUGGUAUAAAUGUUUUUGUUGACUGUAAGCCAUAUUUAGAAUGGAAAUAAACCAUAACUACUCCUCACUUUA